AUGUCAAAUGAUACAACACUUAAUCUUCUUGUUAGUGAUCUACUUUCAUAUGUCAGAACAAGCGUCGAUGUUGCAGAUUACUCAGAUCUUAGUCUCUUAGUUGUUGGAGACCGACUGGCCUCUGAAGUGGCUCAAAUUUAUAAAGCCUCCAUGCAAGACUAUGAUUUCCGGGACAUCACUUCUAAGUUUUACUUCGACAGAAAGAAAUUUGAAGAAGAACCCGAGUACGCUGAAUCUUCCAGUGAUCUUCCGGACUCAGAAUUCAAGAGGGAAGUUUUUGUUGGAUACCAAGCAGAGGCAAGUAGUUUGCUCCAACAACUUGUGUCUAUCACUAAGAAGAGGCUUCAAGUAAUCUCUAUUGUAGGAAUGGCCGGACUUGGUAAGACUACUUUAGCUCGAAGACUUUAUAAUGAUCCUUAUGUCGUUUCUUACUUUUAUGUUCGAGCAUGGGUCACUUGUUCUCAGAUCUAUCAUAAGAGGAAUUUAUUGCUUGGCAUUUUAAGGUCAGUUGCUGAGGUUACUGAUGAUGUUUAUCAGAUGGAUGAUAAUAUGUUAGCCCAUCACUUAUAUCGAGCUUUGAUGGGCCGGAGAUAUCUUAUUGUAAUUGAUGAUAUAUGGAGCAGGGAGGCUUGGGAUGAUUUCAAAAAUUGUUUUCCAGAUGACAAGAACGGGAGUAGAAUUAUGCUCACCACUCGGCUCAAAGUAAUUGCUUCGCAUGCACAAUCUGAUGGGGAUCCACUUUGUUUGCGUUUCCUAACAGAAGAUGAAAGUUUUGAAUUGUUUAGAAGGAAAACUUUCAUUAGGGGAGCUUACUUCAGUGAUUUGAGUUCGAUUGGACAUGGUAUUACAAAAAAAUGUCAUGGUUUGCCUCUGGCAAUUGUUGUCAUUGCUGGACUACUCAAAGAUAAUUUGGACAGGGACUGGUGGAUCCAUGUUGCGAAAAGUGUUAGAUCUUACAUUGUAACUGAUGAAAAUCAAUACAUCGAAACACUAGCAUUGAGUUAUAACCACCUGCCCCAACACUUAAGACCUUGUUUCCUCUCUUUCGGGGCAUUCCCAGAAGAUUAUGGAAUCUCAGUACGUAAGUUGAUUUAUUUAUGGAUUGCGGAGGGAUUCAUACAUCUGGAUGGCACACAAAAGACCUUGGAGGAUGUUGCAGAGGAUCACUUGACAGAUCUUAUAAGCAGAAGUCUGGUUGUUGUAGGUAAGAAAGGGUCAAAUGGUGCAAUGAAAACAUGUUAUAUUCAUGACCUCUUGCGUGAGUUGUGUGUAAGAAAAGCCAAGGAGGAGAAUUUUUCCUUAAAUAUCUCCAACUACAAUAAACAUUCUUAUCCAUGUUCUCAUUCUUCGAACGAUCCCUGUAGAGAAUCACAACUUCUGCUCAGCCCAAAUGUCCCUGGGAUUCCAUCAAUAUGUCUUUGCUAUUCUACUGAAUUAUCUGUGAAAUUUUUUGAUGGUGUAUCAAUUGUAUGGGAAACCUCCAAAGUCAUCAGGGCCUUGGAUUUAUCAUCCUUAAAAUUUUCUGUAUUUCCCAUUGCAUUAGUUCAACUAGUACACUUGAGGUACUUGGAACUUCGCUUUAGAACUGGUAACCUUCCUGAAUCUAUAUGCCGCCUCCAAGAACUUCAAACACUCAUCAUGACAUCACGGAUGAAUAUGGUCGUUCCAAAGUAUAUUUGGAAAAUGAUAAACUUGAGGCAUCUUUGUAUCAAAACAGGGGAAAAUCCAAUAGAUUUCUCCAAUGUCGAAGAAGAACCUAGUUUCCUGGAAAACCUGCAGAGCUUGUCACUAGUUAGCCCUGCUAGCCCAUGUCAACAUAUCUUAGCCAAAACUAAAAAUUUGCGGAAACUAGGCCUUUGUGGAACAUUGACAACAAGAAGUGGAGAGUUCAAGUGUCCUGAUCUAGGCCUUUUGAUGCACCUAGAAACAUUAAAGUUGUUAAACACAACUCCUUUCUGCAAAGCCGGAAGACUUAGCAAUUCAAUUGCCUUCCCUGGAAGUCUUAAAAAACUUACAGUGUCAAAUACUUAUUUGGACUGGAAAGAAGCUUGGGUCUUCGAAGUGAUGCCUAACCUUGAAGUUCUCAAGUUGAAAUCUCAUGCCUUUUUCGGUGAUUGCUGGGAACCAAGCCCUGAAGCAUUUCCUUGUCUCAAAUUUCUAAAACUUGAGGAAUUAGAUAUUGUGACUUGGACAGCUUCUCGGAAUCACUUUCCUGUGCUUGAGCACUUACAGGUGAUUGGAUGCCUACUUCUGAUGGAGAUCCCCGAAGACUUUGGUAAUAUAUGCACGCUUGAGUGGAUUGAAGUAAGCGGGUGUAGUAAUGCUGUAACAAGCUCUGUAAGAGAAAUCCAAAAAGAGCAAAAAAGCUAUGGAAACGAUUUGCUUCAUAUCCGGAUCAGAUGAACAAAUAUGCAGAUCAGAAUUAUUUUGAAUGAGGUGGAGUGGAUUUUGCUCUUUGGGGCUUGGAUGUCGAUAUGAUGAACAUAAAUUACUCAGCUCGAUAGGAUUGAUCCUUCUACUGGCAAAAUUCUGGUCAUUGCCAUCAUCAAGGCAGGUCAAAUCAGUUUAAAUUUCCCUCAAGCAAAGAAAAUUUUAAAUCUUUCUCAAUGCUGAAAGUCAGUACAUGUGCUGCCGAGUCUUGUGUUUGCAGAGAAGGGUUUGUUUCUGGCUUCAGCCAGUGUGGAGUUUACAUGGGUGUAGGGAAGUUGUUAAGAGUGUAGUUUUGUUGCUGGUGCCUCAGUUAUAUUUACAAUGACAAGGAGAAUAACCUUGGGCCAAGAAGAAGAAGAUAAAAAUAUGUGAUAAUUUCAGUACUAGCACUAUAAUGAAUAAUGCCACUGAUAUAUAAUCAAAUCCAUUUUCAGAUAUUUGGAACAUAAAUUGAUUUUUAGAAGUUGAUUGAAAAGCUAGUGCCAAAGAUAACUCGGAAUUUUAGUUGUCGCCUUUGUCUGAAUUAUAGGUUCUGGGGAGCAUAAGGUAGCAGGGAGUAAAUUUGAGAAAUAUAACCUGCAAUUGCUGGAAGUAUACAAAGUGUGAAUAGCUAAGAU